UGAAAGUCUAUUUAAGGAGGAGGGAUGACGGAGACCAAAGUUAGAUGGAGUGGUGUUCAACAGAAUUUCUCAAGCAGAAAAUGAGAUGUUAAUAGCUCAAUUCAUAGAAGAAGAAAUAAAGCAAGCAGUAUGGGACCGUGACAGUAUGAAAGCACUUGGACCAAAUGGUUUUAGUUUUGGUUUCAUCAAAGAAAUGUGGGAGUCCAUAAGGCAUGAAGUUAGCGCUUUUGUGAAUGAAUUUCAUAGAAAUGGACGACUUGUUAAAGGGUCAAAUUCUCCUUUUGUGGUCUUAAUCCCAAAAAAGGAGAAUCCAAUUAAAAUUGAAGAUUACAGACCUAUAUCUUUGAUUGGUUGUAUGUAUAAAAUCAUAGCAAAGUUGUUGGCCAACAGAUUGAUGAAGGUGAUGGAGGGAAUUAUUGAUGAUAAUCAGUUGGCAUUUGUGAAAGGAAGGCAACUGAUGGACAGUGUGAUAGUCGCAAAUGAAACAAUAGAUGAAGCAAAGAAGAAGAGAAAAAGGAUUUUCAUUUUCAAGGCGGAUGUUGAGAAGGCGUAUGAUAAUGUUUGUUGGGAUUUUUUAGACUCUAUGCUAUCCAGCAUGGGGUUUGGAGAUAAAUGGAGACAAUGGAUAAAAGAAUGCCUUGCCUCAAGUUCAGUGUCAGUCUUAUUGAAUGGCAGUGCAACAAGAGAGUUCAAAAUAAGCAAAGGACUUAGACAAGGAGACCCACUCUCCCCUUUUCUCUCUUUAAUUAUUGCAGAGGGGUUAAAUGGGAUUAUUAACUCUGCGGUGGAACAUAAUCUAUUCAAGGGUGUAGCAGUGGGGAAGGGAAGCUUGAUGAUCACACAUUUGCAAUUUGCAGAUGAUACAAUAUUGUUCGAAGAGGCAACAGAGGAAAAUAUGAAAGCAGUAAAAGGCAUCAUGAGGACUUUCGAGUUGGUGUCAGGUCUGAAAAUUAACUACAAUAAAAGCCAGCUUAUUGGUGUAAAUGUUAAAGAGGAGGAGGUGAGCAGAAUGUCCCACUUUUUGAAUUGCAAUAUUGGUGAGCUUCCGAUGAAAUAUCUGGGAAUGAUGAUUGGUAUGAGUACUCGUAGAUUAAAGAUGUGGAAGGGGCUGAUUGAUAAAUUCAAGAAAAAAUUAUCUGGUUGGAAUAAUAAAUAUCUAUCUUUGGGAGGAAGAAUUGUCCUGAUUAACUCUGUGCUUACCAGUCUUCCUGUGUUUCUCAUGUCCACUUACUUACUUCCAAAAGGUGUGAUUAAAGCUAUUGAUACCAUACGUAGGGGCUUCUUAUGGGGAGGGAGGGAAGAGGGAAAGAAAAUUGCCUGGGUUGGGUGGGAUAAAGUGUGCAAAAGAAAAGAGGAUGAGGGUUUAGGCAUAAAAGAUUUGAGGUUGUUUAAUUUAGCUCUCCUAGGAAAGUGGUGGGGAAGAUUAGGUGAUGGGAGUAAGGGCUUAUGGCAGAGGGUGUUGGAGGAGAGAUAUGGGAAGAAUGGGACAAAUUGGCAUGAUUGGAUGAGGGAGGGUAGAAAUAUAAGUUCAAAUUGGUGGAGAGACAUAUGUAGUAUAAACUGGAGGUGUGUGAACAAAGAGGAGUGGUUGGAAUCGGGAUUUAGUGUAGAAGUAGGAGAAGGAAACGAAGUGUCUUUUUGGAGGGAUGUCUGGGUGGGAAAUGGGUGUUUAAAAGAGAAAUUUCCAAGAUUAUAUCUUCUUUCUGCAGGUAAAGGAUGCACAAUCAAUGAAAUGGGCCAUUGGGAGGGUGAUGCAUGGAGAUGGUGCUUAAAUUGGCGAAGACAUUUGCUGGUUAGGGAGGUAGAGCAGGUCACGGAACUCAUGGAAAUUAUACAGGGAAUACAACUAAGAAAAGGAGUGAAGGACAGCUGGCGAUGGGCACAUGACCAAGGGGGCAACUACAAUGUGAAAUCUACCUAUGCUUUGUUAGCAAGGGACGAGGCUUUGGAAGGCAAAAAACUACUAAAGAAGUGCUGGAAUCCUACAAUUCCUAGCAAGGUAUGUGCAUUCACUUGGCUAGUCCUCCAACACAGAAUCCCUUGCAAAAUAAACCUGAUAAAAAGGAACAUCAUUAAGAAUGGGGAAGAAGACAAAUGUGGGCUUUGCAAAAAAUAUAGUGAGGACACUAAUCAUCUUAUGCUAGAAUGCGACUUUGCCUAUUCUUUAUGGAUGAAAUGUGCCAAAUGGUGGGGAGUAUCUCAUGUAAUGCAUCAAGACUAUAAAGCAGCUUUUGACCAGCUUAGUGGUGUAACAAAUGCAAGGAUGAGCUGGCUAGUGAUAUGGUUUGCAGUGACAUGGACUAUAUGGGUGGCGAGAAAUGAUGCAGUUUUCAAUGAUAAGCAAGCUAAUGUGGAGGAUGGAUUGGAAUUAGUUCGGAGGAGAUCUUAUUUGUGGAUUAGUGGGAACAAAAGCUGGUUCAAAGAUAAAAGGUCAAGGGAGGGAUGGGAGUUGAUUUGGUUUGCAGUCAUAUGGACAAUUUGGUUAGCUCGUAAUGGAAAAAUCUUCAACAAUGAGACAGUGGAUACAGACCAACUAUUUCAAUUGAUUCAAGCCAGAUCGUUCAUAUGGCUCAAGGAGAGAAAAAGAGGACACAAAUUUUCCCUCCCAAACUGGUUGCAAGAUCCUAGAUUGAGCAUGAGGAAUGGUUAGCAAAUUUCUUGAAUUGUGUAUUUAUGUAUGUUUUAAGAAGAAAUCUGUCCAAAGUCUUAGCAUUUUUUUGGAUUUGAGGAAGGGUUGCUGGCUGAAUGUUUUCCAGUUGGGAUUGGCUGCAGAACCCUGUGGUGUGUUUUCGAAAGACUUGAUGUGCUAUUCUCCCAUCGAAGAAAUUGCAAAAGAGGAC